AUGUCUUUUCAAAUCCCUCGACGCCAGAAACGUUCAUGCCUCCAAUGUCAAAAGGCAAAGAAGGCUUGUGAUGGGUAUAUUCUCAACAGAGACCGGGGUCCUGACUCAAGUCUCGCCUCUUCGAUAACUUCAUCAAGCAGCUGUGAUCAAGAUCAUAUCUCGAGCAUUCGUCCUUGCUCAUAUUGCCAGAAAGCAUCAAAGCUAUGCUCCUUGAACGCUAUCUGGGGGUUAACUGGUAUGCGUGCGAAUCAAGGUGCAUAUACUGCCAGCGAACUUGGACCUUCCAGGAACCGAGAUCCCAAUCAGGCCUCAUCUCAAAAGUCUACUACCUCAAUUAAAGCUGAAGCCAUGGCAUCCUCUUACGAGAACACAUUAUCUUCUAUCAAGUCAAGGCCGCCACCAGACGCACAACCCAGCCACUGUCGUCGGAAGGUUCACGGUGAACAGAAGAUAUCAACAGUCCCUUUAGCCCCCAGUGCCAAUGUAUCAAUGACCGUGGGUUUCAAUAACCAACUUCUGACACGAAGUCUACUCUGCAUCUAUCAUGACGUUCUUGAAAAUAACCUCUCUUGCUGGAUAACCGAAGUCACCUGCCCAUAUUCCAUGCCAUCCUCAUCCCAAAAGAGUACCUCACAAGGACAGGGACAUGGCGUCGCAUCACUCUCAGGUUGUACCUUUGGUCCAACAAAUCCGUUCUACCAGUAUAUCUUCCAGUUGGACCGUGUCACGCAAAGAAUCUGGACACCAUUAUCUCACAAAGAGAAUAUGGUGGUUUCUCGGACUUUGCAUCUCUGCAUACUGGCCUUUGCAGCUCAAUGGACUCAGAAACAGACCAAGGAACGGACAGCAUCGCCCACGAGUGUUGAACACCUACACCACUCAAAUACACCAGCUACCAUGCCAAUGGACUAUAGUCUGCAACUACUACUUUGGGAGCAAGCGAGAACAGCCCUUCAAGAAAACAUGGGGAUUGAAUGUUUUAGGAUUGUUUAUGCUGAAUUCAUCUUCGGUAUCACUGAAAGACCAGAACCAAGACAUAAUCAGGACUACAGUAGCCACAGGAAUGACCCCUGUCUCUCAAGAGAUCAACAUUCGGUCAUUCAUGUCAUAGGCCACAUCCUGUCAAAUGAACGCCCUUCUGCACAUCUGGAACAGGCAGCAAGGAAAAUGCUUGCAUUGAAAUACCGCUUUGAAAUGGAGGACCUAAAGUCAAAGCGCGGACCUCAAGACAUCUAUGCUCUACAACGACGACGGACUGUUGGUUUCAUAUAUUGGCUCCUUGUAAUGUUCGACACUGUUGUCUCGCCACUGAACAAGAGACCCGUCGUUAUAGCAGAUGAGUACUGCAGGACAGAUUCUCUACAAGACACACAUUGUCAAUGGAGACUUGACAUGUUCCUUAGGGACGACUCCGAAAUGCCACAGUCUCUCCGCUGGCCCUGCUCAGAGGAAGUCGCCUCAAGAGCGAUGAUCAAAGCAGCUCCCAUCAAGGUUUUACUUUACCGCCAACUAUCAUACAUCCAGAACGCGUUGCGGAAGAGGUCGAGCAUUCAUAAUAUCAUCAAUGCCACAAAAGGAGCAAUUACUGUCUGUCGAUACUGGGACAUGACGUACGCCUCGUUUUUCCAAGGCUUGUUACGAGCCUGGAACCUCGGUACACUGGUUCUCGCGGACUUGUUAGAGCUAGUGCAUAAGAACGCAAAUACUGAUGACAAGAUGGGUCACGCACCAAACAGCUAUAUGAAUAUCAGACGGAGCAGUGCAAUCAAUCUUGCUGAGCUCGCCGGCGCUGUGAUUCCACGGGAGACCAGCCAUACCAAACAGCUUCCAAAUUAUCAUGUGGCGGUUCAAGAGAGCCCACUCUUGACAGAUCCUUGCACGUCAAUUUUGGUGGAAGCUUUUACCAGGUCUUCUCUCUAUCACCUGUCAACGAUUUCGUUGCGCCUCAGCCUUGACGCGUAA